UUGAUUUCGACGUGAGCGGACGUGUUGCGGGUGUUCGUUUUGCGGUAAAUUCGUAGGCGCGUUUCUCGUUGGGGAAUUUUAACAACUUGCACUUCUUGUUUUUAUCCUAUUUGCGCGAAAACGAAACAACAAAGUUAUAUUCAUCAUCAGCAUCGGAAGCAGCAGCAUUUAGCAACAGCAGCAGGAGCAAUCACACACACUUCAGUGUAUUGGCCAAAAAUGUGUUGCCAUUAGAAAUCAAAGCUUGCAUUUGCUUUUUUUUAUGAUCCCAACGAAAAACCUCAAGCACCAAGCAUAACUACCCACUAAAACUGACAAUUUCAAGAGAAUUUAUAUUGAAAUAUUGACAAUAAUCGCAAUUGACACAAUUGCUAAUGAAAUUGGACACCUUUGAUACUACUUGACUUGUGAUGGCCACCUAGCCCAAAAUAUCAGUGUGUGGGUGUCGUCAAGCCGAAAGCAAUAACAAUUUCGAAAUCAAAUUUAUAUAUACAUAUAUAUUGAUGAUAAUGCUGUUGUUUUAAAGAGUCGCAACAGCCGCAGAAGCCGCGUUGGCGUUAUUGCCAUGUGAGGUAGUUGGUACAAACCGGCCAAAUCGUUCAUCAUCAUCAUCAAGGGAACAAGAAAACGUCUCUAGACAACAUUUCGAUUGACCAGUCUAUACACAAGUGACGACACAAGGAACCAUUCAAAGAGAUGGAGGCAGCUACCACUGAUCAGGAUGUUGUUGGAAGCAUGGAAGAUCUAAUGUCAACAUCAGCAACCUCAUCCACCAAUGGUGGCGAUGCAAAUGGUUGUGGCAGGAAAACGUCCAUAACAUCACCCGAUCCCACAUCGUAUGUGGCAAAGGCUCGUGUCACACGUCCCACACCGCCGCCGCCAUCCAAGAAUCCCAUGCAAUUUGUGCAGAUCAAGCCAUGCAAUUUAUAUCAAACCGCACAGCAGCAGCUCAAAAAGGCCGAAGAGGUCAAGAAAUUGAAGGAGGUGAAGAAAGAAGAGCCCGAGGAGUGGCAGAAUAACCUUGACAAUUGGAAAUCAUCACGGCGAAAACGUGUCGAGCACAUCAUUGAUCGUGCUGUGGAAACGAAAAAGCUCGAAUUGGAGGAGCAUGAUCGCAUGCGACGAAAAUCGAAAACAUUUACCGAAAUGAUGGAGGAGAGGGCUGAACGUGGCGGGUCGCGUGGUCGAAACAAAUUGGCAUCGUUGGCUGUCUACAAUGAGGAUGAGGCGAAUGAUUUUAGUGAUUUGGGCAUCGGUACCAGCAGUGCCAGUGGCAAGAGCAGUCUAUCCGAGGACUAUGACAACAAUAGUGUUAUGAGUGAUCAUGCUGCCGAGUUAGACAAGGCCAUUGGAGCUGCUGGUUCUGCUGCUGCUACAGCUGCAUCUGCCGUCGCCAAAACUAAGUCCUCCAGCAUUGAGGAGCAACAGAAUCACAUUAAUCGUAAUGGAAAUGCAGCAGGCGCCCCAUCAUCGAAUGGUGACUCAUCUAAGGCUGCGGCCGCUAGGGAAUACAUCUCAUCACCGGGCUAUGACACAGCAUCGAGCACGGCGCCAGCUAGUUCCCCAGAUCCCUGUGAAUAUACCUAUGAGGGAGCCAUUCAGGAUUACAAGCAACGCGUUCAGCGUGCCAGUAGCAAUAAUGGCACUAGCAAUGGCAAUACUAAGAUGAAUAGCACCUCGAAUGGCGACUCUGGUGAGCCAAUUGCCUAUCCCACACGACGGGGCUCCAAAAUCGAAGAUCGUCUUAGCGGUUUUGAGGUGACAUCGCCAAGCGAUACCCAGGAGGGUGUGGAAAAGCAGCCAAAAGUCGAUGUACCCAAGGUGGAUAUAUCGAAGCGCAAAGAGAUUUUCGAGCAGGCCAACUCACAGGUCGGAGCAGCUGCUCCUGCUCCUGCACCCAAGCUAGUUCUGCGUGAUCGUCUGACCAAUGGCAAUAAUCAAGGAUCAGGAGCUGCAGAGCAGCCACCGCCAUCGGCUAAGCAGGAAGUGAAACGUCUGUCGGGCGAUAUUACCAGCAUUCGAGAUCGCAUGCAAAGCUUGGAGCAACAGCGAAAUGCCUUCAACUCAAGUAAAAGUGUAGAUGUGCCAGUGCCGCCGCUGAAGCAACGUUUGAAUAGUCUCCAGCAUGCCGUAACCAAAGAGGAGCAGCAAAAGAAACCACCACUAGUUGCUCUAAUUGAUGCACGUCAGCUAGAGAUUAUGAGAGGCGAAGAGGAGCGUAUGCGUCAACGGCAGCAACAGCAACAACAGCAGCAGCAGCAGCAGCAAACACAAAAGAUAGCCACACCUACUCCAACUUCAAAUGCGGCACCACCGCCAGCUGUGAUCAUAGACGAGCCACCAACUAUAAGUGGCAACAACGAUGACAGCGGCAUCCAAGAGGAUAACCAAGAAGAAGUCCAGCAGCAGCAACAACAACUGAAUGCAGCCAUUGCCGCCUUGGCCCUAGAGGAACGGCAACUGGAGGAAGCUGCCAAUGCAGUGAAUCAAAUCGAAGCCGAAUUCGAUGAGCUAACCGAUUUGAAUCCAUCGCCAUUGCCCAAGCCAACGGCUUCUGCCAAACCGACUUCAGUAGCUGCUCCUUCUCCAGGAGCACCAGUUCCUCCACCAUCUACAGCUACAGCUUCGGCACCGGCUCCUCCCUUGCGGGACAUGGAAUUUAGUAUCAACGAAGCUCUUGAAUUGGCGCUGGAAGCAAUUGAUAGAGAGGUGACCAUCAAAGAAAUGGAUAAAGCACAAGAACAAGAUACAUCGAUGGUAAUGGAGGAGUCGAAAGUAGAAGAGAAGCAGCAGCAGCAGGAAGAGGAGAAACAGCAGCAGGAGAAGGAGAUGGAAGACAAUGAUAAUAUCGUUAUGCCAAAUAAAACCGAUGAGCAGAAGAAGGAAGAGAUCAAGGAGCAGGCCAAGCAGGAGAAGGUGAAACUUAAGGAUUGUGAAGAACUUGAACCAAUCUAUGAGAAUGUCAGCUCGACAAUAUCUAUGCAUGAAGUAGAUAAUGAACAGACGACAGCAAUUAUAAUGACAACGACAGCAGCAGAAGCAACAGCAACACAAGCAGCUACAACGACAACAACAACAACAAUAGCAGCAGCAGCAGCAACAUCAACGAGAAGAAGCCACAGAAAAAGCAUUCCAAAUAAAAGCAACAACAACAAUAAUGAGAAUAAUCAAAGCACUAAUCAAACUAGCAACAUCAAUAGUAACAACAACAACAACAGCAAUCAAAUUGAUAACUACAACACAUCCGCAUCACUGGUUGAAGACAUCGAACCAUAUUACCAAGUACCCAAAGCCAACAAUGCGACAGCAGCAGCUCCAGAGCCCUAUUACGAUGCACCCAAACACUUGCGACCCGUUCCCGUUUACGAGAACAUUGAGAUCUUCUAUACGGGCUUGGAGCUGAACCAGACACUUCCCCCUGCUGGUCUGGGAGUUGGAGGAGUCAUGGAGCCACCCAAAGAGAAACCACCACCACCGCCCACUGAGAGUCCACCACCCAUAGAUGACGAUCAAUACGAUUCUCGUCAAUCACAUCUUCGUCAUCAGCAGCAUAAUCUGGAUGAUGAGUUAGAUGGUGGCGGUCACAGCAACACAGACACCUGGUCAUCGGAUAACACCUAUGAGACCAUUUCGAAUGGAACUCGUCGUCCAUUGGCGCCAACGAAUGUGGGUGGAUCUGCCGGAGUGGGGGUGCAGCUUUCGUCGCCGCCAAUUAAGCGCAUGAAUUCAACCAAACGAAUCAAAAAGGAGUUGAGAAAUAAACGAUCCAGUUUCUUGGGCAUUGAAACCGAUGGCGAUCUGGAUGAUGUGGAAAGCUAUCUGGAAUUGACAGUGGCCCCACCACCGGACAUGGCUCAACUGUUGCAGGAGGAGCGGCGUCUGGAGAAGCAGCUGUAUAUCAAGGCGGGACUGUGCGACAGUUCGGAUACAGGUGAAAGUCGUGAUUCGGGUGUCUCGGAGAAUCAUUCGCGACAAAGUAGCGAACACUAUACGAACUCCUCGGAGGAGAAUGACACUCAUUCGGAUACCACACCGCCGCCACCGUUACCGCCUCCACCAGCCAAUGUUGGCCAGUUGAACGAGGUGAUCUAUCAAAAUGAAUCCUUGUUGGCUGCCCAGACGCCACUCCUGCAGACAGCCAAAGGAAAUUCAGCCGAAUCGUGGACAGAAUCCGCCACUGCAGCGGCAGCGGCCACCCAAUCGCUAAGCGAAGCCACAGCCACAGCAAAUGCCAAGAUGCAGUCCAUUGAGGAGAAGAUUCGGGAGCAGGGUGAAGUGUUGCGUGUGGAGCGCGAACUGUUGCAUUUUUCGCAGGAAGAGCUCAAACGGCAACGGGAAAAUCUUCUGUUACGUGAGAAUAUUGCAAGGAGAGAAUUGCAGCAUGGAGCCAAAAUGCUUAUGUCAAAUAAUCGGCGUUCGCUGCAAGAUCUACACCAUGGCCUGGGCAUAGGCAAUGGUAUGCUUAGUGCCUUCCAACCGCCAUCGGCCCAAAUGCAGCAACAGAAGCAGCAACACCAACAGCAGCAGCAACAGCAACAGCCGCAUCUACCCCAUCCCCAACAGAUCUAUGCGAAUGUACCGCAUGCGAAUCAAGCAUCCCGGGAUUAUCGCAAAUCCAUGUCGGACUUAAAUGAGUUCUCCAAACGGCUUAUACUGGCACCACCAACACCGCCAACCAAGCCAAUGCGUGCCAUGCACAUCAGCAGCACCAGCAACAUCAAUCUCCAUGGUCACGGCCAUGUCUUGGAAUCGGAAUAUGCUGUUAGCAGUAGACAGCGACAGAAUGGUGUUAACUAUGGCGGAUCAUUGGUGAAGAUUGCAUCCAACAACAACAACAAUAACAAUAAUGGCUAUCCAGUGCCAGCAUAUCAUCACCAAUCGGCCCAGAAUCUAAGCAACAUGUCACGCAAUACGCUUCUAGCAUUAAGUGCCACACCCAAACCCAAAUAUACCGAUGGCUGGGUACAGGUGCAGCAACGUAAUAGCUAUGACACGAAUCUGGCCAAUGAUCCGGCCUGGUUAUCGGCCCAACAACAGAAGCGCAAAUCCAUGCCAGACUAUCAGGCGGCCAUCUACAAUACGAGCAACAUCAGCAACAUUAACAACAAUCACUGGCUACUCCAAGAAGCUGAACAGCGACGCAUUGAUCAGUUGAAUCGACGAUCUAUGCCAUCCUCGAAUGGCAAACCUCUGCCCGAUUCCAUAAUCCAAACACUAACCGAACGAGUGCAGAGCAAAGGCAUUGGGGAACGCAAACGCUUUGAUAGCAAUGGCAAUUAUAGCCAAAUUAAUGGCAAUCCCUACCAGCAUCCACAACAGCAACAGCAGCAGCCGCAACAACAACAGCAGCAGCAACAGCAAAAGUCCAGCAACAAUCAGGAUAAGGUGCUCAGUGUCAGUGGCAAGAAGAAGUGUUCGCAUUGUGGCGACGAAUUAGGACGAGGAGCUGCCAUGAUAAUUGAAUCCCUUUUGCUGUUCUAUCAUAUCAAUUGCUUCAAGUGCUGUGUUUGUCUUGUCCAACUGGGCGAUGGACUCAAUGGUACCGAUGUCCGAGUACGAAAUCAUAAACUCCAUUGCCAAAAUUGUUAUUCCAGCGAUGAUGGCAUCAAAUUUAGCUGCGUCUAACUAGUUAAUGCUAAAGAUGAUGAUGAUGAUGAUGAUGACGAUGAUGUUGUUGUUGGAUCAAAUUGAUUGUUGUUGUUAUUGUACUCUAGUAGUAGAUUAACUCUAUGCCGUAAACUAAAGCAUAAAGCAUUCACAUAUAGAUAUAUAUAUAUACAUACAUAUAUGUUCAUAUAAUUGCAUAUUAACUAAUUAUUGUUAAACAUAAAAUGAAAUCAAAGUCAAUACGAAAUGUUUCAAUACAUAAUAAUGUUAAUCGUAUCUACAUACAUAAUUCAGAUUAUCUUAAGUGAAUACGAGAAUUUUUGAAUGUACUAUAUGCAUUGCUUUUUGAUUCAGAUUUUUAACGUUUGAUAUAUAAAUGUAUUCAAAAAAAAAAACAAAAACAAAACAAAAAAAACAUAUAAAACAAAAAGCCAAGCUCUCUAAUGUUUUACUUCGAGUCAAACAAGUCAAAUUCAAAAGCAUUGAUGAAUCUAUUGUGUGUUAAGACAAAAAUUAAUGAAAGUUCUAUGAAUGUUGUUGAAUUUUUUGGAAAUUGUAUAUUGCUUAUAUACUUACUUACUUACAUACAUAAAAAUAUAACAAAAAAAAAAGAGAGAAACGAAAUUUUGUAAAUUCUAUCUUGUAUUUGUUGCAAUUCUCAAACCAAAUUUCUAUAUACAUAUAUGACUCCUCCUACUACUACUACUACUUCAAGACACCUAACCAACUAGCCACCUAUCCACAAUAAAAAUAUACACAUGAAACCUAAA